AUGAUCAGUAUCUCUUCUACUGGACGACACAAUUCAACCACUUCAUUGCCUUCCAACCUCAUCUCGGUUCUCAACACUCCCGGCACAUCUAUCUCUCCUUCACCAGAACCUUCCCCAUCUCAAUCACACACCAUGGUUGGCCGCAAGAACAACAUGCGCCCAAGCCCCCAUGCUGAGAUUCCUAUGCCCAUCACCUACACUCCUACCACCCACCGCAUCAGCAAAGCAAAGAAGGGCAAGCGUGUUCACGCUUGCGAAUUCCCCGGUUGCAACAAGGUCUUCACUCGUGCCGAGCACCGCAGACGCCAUGAAUUGAACCACAACCCAGAAGCUUCCUACCGCUGCACACACGCCGGAUGCAAGAAGGCUUUCCACCGCCCAGAUUUACUUGCGCGACACAUCGAGCGACACGAACUCGAAUCGCAAUCUGAACAGUCUCAAUGGGCUCCUCAGACUCAGUCUCAGCUCGGCAAUGAAUCUAGCUCAAUUCCCCGCUGCGUUUCUAUGGACACUGGUUCUCUGCUCUCUGGUACUUCUCAACCCAACUCUAUGUCAAUCGGCUCCCUGGUGGCUCCUGGUGUGCACCCGGAUCUCACAAAUGACUGCUCUUUGGUCUGGAGUGGUAUGGACCUGCCUCUGCAGCCUCGCCCAUCCACCAACCUGUUCCACCACCAACUCCCAGAAAAUGCCGAUGACAGCCCCUUCUACUCUUCGCCCGCAGAGACCUGCCCCUCCCCUCUCUCGGAUACCGCCUUCUCUCUACCCACCCACAGCAGCUCUAUCUCUUCCGGUUCCAUCUCAAUGAUGGACCACUACCCCAAGGGCAUUAUGAAGCCCACCGAUCUGACUGCCUCCCCAAUGACAAUGAACUCUCCACUUCGCUGGGACGGCUCAGAUGUGGUCCCCACAUCUCAUUUGGUCCCCAUGUCUUUGGAAGAGAACCUGAUCCAACCACCUGUUCAGUGCCACUACCCAUCUCCAUCAUGGUCCGGCUCUGACUGCCUGCCAUACGAUGAUCAGGUCCAAUCCUUGGCUCACUUCCAGCCCAUCAGCUGGAAGCAAUGGGCUAUGUAA